CGCCGCGCGCGCUCCCCGCGGCCCGCGCUCGGGGACGUUGGCGACAGCGCGGGACUACAGCUCCCGGCGUCCCCGCGCCGCUUAGCUCCUCCCCGGGGCGGCUCCCGCGCGCCACGGCGGACCCGCUCGGCCGUGUGCCCGCUCGGCGGCCCGGGGUCGGCGGCGCGGAGAUGGCGUGGCGGCUGGGCGCGGGCGCCUGGGGGCGCAUGGCGCGGGCCGGCGGCGGGGAGCCGGGGGCCUGCUGGCGGCGCGGCGCGGCCGGGCCCAUCGGUGCUGGGGGGACCCGCGGGCUCGGGCACGGCCCGGCGGCGGGGGGCGGCCCCCGGCUGGGGCCCGGACUGGCCGCGGCGCUGGCGGGGCUGGCGGGGCUCGCAGCAGCCGCCUUCGGGCACGUGCAGCGGGCGGGGAUGGUGGCCUGGAGCUCGGGCCCGCGGGGGAGGCCGGAGGAGGAGGAGGACGACGAGCUGGCCCGUCGCUGCCGCUGCUUCAUGGCCCCGCCGGUGACCGACCUGCGCGAGCUGCGGGCCAGGCCCGGCGACAUGAAGACCAGGAUGGAGCUGCUGAUCCUGGAGACCCAGGCCCAGGUGUGCCAGGCGCUGGCGCAGGUGGACGGCGGCGCCCGCUUCUCCGUGGACCGCUGGGAGAGGAAGGAAGGGGGUGGUGGCAUCAGCUGUGUGCUUCAAGAUGGGCAUGUUUUUGAAAAGGCUGGAGUGAGCAUUUCUGUCGUUCAUGGAAACCUUUCUGAGGAAGCAGCGAAACAAAUGAGAAGCAGAGGAAAAAAUCUGAAGACUAAAGACGGGAAAUUGCCGUUUUCCGCUAUGGGUGUGAGCUCCGUUAUCCACCCCAAGAAUCCUCAUGCUCCUACCAUCCACUUCAACUACAGAUACUUUGAAGUAGAAGACGCCGAUGGUAACAAGCAGUGGUGGUUCGGUGGUGGCUGCGACCUUACCCCAACGUACUUGAACCAGGAGGAUGCUGUCCACUUCCACAGAACUCUGAAGGAGGCUUGUGACCGGCACGGUCCAGAUCUCUACCCCAAAUUUAAAAAAUGGUGUGACGAGUACUUCUUUAUAGCCCACCGUGGGGAGCGGAGGGGCAUCGGGGGCAUCUUUUUUGAUGACCUUGACUCUCCAUCCAAGGACGAGGUGUUUCGCUUCGUGGAGAGCUGCGCGCAGGCGGUGGUCCCUUCUUACAUCCCCCUCGUGAAGAAGCACCGCAGUGACUCGUUCACGCCCCAGGAGAAGCUGUGGCAACAGCUCCGGAGAGGACGGUAUGUAGAAUUUAACCUGCUGUAUGAUCGGGGCACGAAGUUUGGCCUCUUCACUCCGGGAUCCAGGAUCGAGAGCAUCUUGAUGUCUUUACCUCUGACUGCCCGAUGGGAGUAUAUGCAUUCACCCUCGGAGAACUCCAAAGAAGCUGAAAUUCUGGAAGUUCUGCGCCAUCCGAGGGACUGGGUGCAUUGACACAGACAGAGCGGCCUUCCUGGGGUCUGGAGGACGCGCAGCGUGGGCCCUGUUCCACCGCCAGCGCUGUUGCCACUGUGUGGCGGUCGGUUACCUGGCCCCAGAGCUCCAGGCUUCGGCUCUCUGGGCUCUGCCUCCUGGGCAGGGGGUAAAAUGAGUUUUAAGCACCACAGGUUUCCACUGGAUGCUGUUGGUAACACGUGGUGAGAUGGCAGCUUGUCAGAGUCAGUUAGUUGAUAAAAAACUCAUUUAUACUUCUAGAAUCGUUUUAUAUGACCAGCUUACAAAGUAUGACUGAGUUUCCAAGUAUUGAGUUAAGAGAAUCUAAGUAUAAUUUGUAUCAGGAAACUUCUCAUGUUAUUUUCGUUUCAUAUUUUGAAAUUUUAGUUUCUGCCACAGAAAUCUCUGUCAUGGGAUAAAUGUUGUUUCCAUUAAUUCAAUGAGGUUGAGACUUGCUAGUAAUUUUAGAAAGCAACUUGAAAUGAGGGUACAAGUUCUACUUCGUCGUUGCUGAAGUUUCUUUGAUCGUCAUGUUUCUAUUGAUCUUUCUCUACAGAUCAUAAUAUUGUAAAAUAGUCAUUUUUAUGAUGAUAGAUAUUUAGGAACACUUGAAAUUUCCUUAAUCUCUCCUGGGGUGCUUGUGGUUGCUAACGCUAAAGGGGCAUUGCUGUUACUUAAACGAGGGACGCCGAAGUGGCCAUUUGGAUUUCUGCAGAGCCAUGAUUUGUUAAUGUUGGGAUUUUCUGCACUUUUCAAGGUGAAAGUUAAAUCCUUGUAUUCUGAUAUUUAAAUUUUUCUUUCCCAGACAUAUUUCUAUGGAAGUUUAGACUAAGAACAAUCAUGGGGAUGUGUAGUGAAUUUGGGAAAUGUUUCUCAUUUAAGAAAUGAGGAAAUGAGACUCAACAUUUUCCUUUAAUUAAAGCAGGCACAACUUGGGUGAGAAGCAUGCAGGCAUUUUAUAAAUCUAUUUCUUUGUAAGAGGAACUCAUUGAAAUUGUCCUUUUUUUAAAUUAGAGAUUUGAAACUCUUUGCUUUUAAGAAAAUCACAAGAGAAUUCUUAAUGUGACUUCCUUAUUCAUAUAAUAAUAUGAAUGUAUUUUAUUUUAUUCAUAAUAUAUUGAGUUUGUAAGGGAUAGUAUCUUCCUACAUAUUAUUAAGCAUUGUCUUGGAAUAUGUUGAAUGUGUGUGAUUGUGUGUGAUUCUUUAGGGCUGGAAAAUGUACAAAUUCUUCAACUGUCUUACAACAGAUCUGCUAAUAAAUUUUAUUAUGAAAUAUGA